AUGGCCUUCAGACGGAAACAUUUGACCCUGCUGGACACCAUAGACCACAACACAUGUAACAGCGAAAUGAGAAACAAACGGAUCGCAAUGACUAGAGAUGGCUGUAAAAAACUCAACACGUUCAUUCAUGCCCGCGAGGAGGUUAUCGAUGCCACGUGCACCAUGGGGAAAGUGCAUGUCAUAAAGGGCCAAAAGUAUAAAAAGAGUAUCAGUAAAUUCAGGGUCACUAAUUGCAGACUCUCUGGGGAAUACCCUAAUGACUGCGAGUACAUGGCGGAAAAGAGCGCCUGGAAAUAUAUAGUCAUCUCUUGUGACCAGAACGAUCGCCCAGUGCAUUUUGCAGGGACGCUGAACUGGUAG